AUGUCAAAGAUAAAGAAUAGUAUUACCACAAUAAACCAACAACAAACUGGUGCCACAACAAAUAAUAAUUCUUCUUCAUCAAUAGAAGUUGUCACCACUUCUGCCCCUAGAUAUGAUAACAAUUUCAACGAUGAAACAACUCAUGAAAUAACUAAUGAAACUAACUCUAAUGUUAGUUUAUCUUCAACACUUUUCCAAUACCUUGCGACAAUUUCUAAAAAACUUGAUUCUUUAGGUGUUGAAACUCGAGGUAUUGAAAGGAUUCAACCUUAUGAACGUUCCACUAAUCGUACUAAACAAUUCUUUAGUGUCAUGGGAUUAUGGUUAUCUGCUUGUGGUGGAUUAUCAUCAAUGUCAUCAUUUUAUUUAGGUCCAUUAUUAUUUGAAUUAGGGUUACGUAAUACUUUACUUGCAGGAUUAUUAGGAGAAAUUUUAGGAUGUUUUAUAGCGGCUUAUUGUUCAUUAAUGGGACCUCGUUCUGGUUGUCGUCAAAUGGUAAGUGGUCGAUUUUUAUUUGGUUGGUGGUUUGUUAAAUUAGUAGCAUUAGUAGCAAUUAUUGGAGUUAUGGGUUGGUCAGUGGUUAAUAGUGUUGUUGGUGGACAAAUUUUAAGUUCAGUAAGUAAUGAUAAAAUCCCUCUUUGGGCCGGGAUCAUUAUAAUUGCUGCUAUAUCAUUGAUUGUCGCUAUUGCUGGGAUUAAACAAUUGAUUCGAGUGGAAGCAUUUUUAAGUAUACCGGUGAAUUGUGCAUUUUUAUUAUUAUAUAUUGUUGCAUCACAAAAAUUUGAUUAUUUAACUUGGAAAGAUGCUGUUGUGGCUAAUGAAAGUAGUGAAUAUUCUUCAGCAGCAACUGUUAAAGGUAAUUGGUUGAGUUUUUUUUCAUUAUGUUAUUCCAUUACUUCAACUUGGGGUACUAUUGCUUCUGAUUAUUAUAUUUUAUUCCCGGAAAACACUCCAGAUUGGGAAAUCUUUGCCAUUACUUUUUUCGGAAUUUCAAUACCAACAACAUUUGUUGGAGUAGCAGGUAUUCUCAUUGGUAAUGUGGCAUUAACUUAUCAACCUUGGGGUGAUGCUUAUAAGAAAUUAGGAAUGGGUGGAUUAUUGAAUGAAGCAUUUAAACCAUGGGGUGCUGGAGGUAAAUUUCUUUUAAUGAUAAUUUUCUUAUCAUUAAUUUCAAAUAAUAUUAUUAAUACUUAUUCGGCCGCAUUUGGAGUACAAUUGGCUGGUACGCUGUUUGCUAAAAUUCCUAGAUGGUUAUGGGCAAUUCUUCUUACGGCAAUUUAUUUAAUUUGUGCAUUAGUGGGUCGUAAUGAAUUUUCUACUAUUUUAGGUAAUUUCUUACCUAUGAUUGGUUAUUGGGUAUCAAUGUAUUUCAUUAUGUUAUUAGAAGAGAAUACAAUUUUCAGAACUGAUAAAUUCAAAUAUUUGUUUACAAAGGAAUUUCCUUAUGGUAAUAAAGAAGAAGAUUUUGAUUCUACAAUUGCACAUCCCAUUGAUCCAAGAAUUAUUGGUACUCCAUUAAGACAAAAUCAACAUUAUAAUUUCAAUAUUUGGAAUGAUUAUGAUAAAUUAACUCGAGGAUUAGCUGCAACAACUUCUUUUAUAAUUGGUGCUACAGGUGCUGCUGUGGGGAUGUCACAAGCAUACUGGAUUGGCCCCCUUGCUAGACGUAUAGGAGGUGAAUUCGGUGGUGAUAUUGCCAUGUGGUUAUGUAUGGGAUUUAGUGGAUUGGUUUAUCCUCCGUUACGUUAUUUAGAAUUGAAAAAAUUUGGUAGAUAA